GCGGCGAUGCAGGAGGAGGCGUUUCUGAAGGCGGUGGCGGUGGAGCUGGCGAAGCUGGGGUUCCGCAAGGACAACGGCAUCGCGCUGGUGAACACGUGUCGCGACGAGGUGUGCCGGCCCGUGGUGAGCAUCAUCGAUCGCGAGUUCGGGCUGAGCUUCAACAUCUCCGGGCUGGGCGGGCUCGUCAACUGCGGCAAGGUCGGCUUCAAAGCCGCCAUGAGCCACUCGCCCGAGUUCCCCUGCGACGUCGACGGCAACCUCAAGGAACGAUACAUCUUCUUCGCGUUCCCCCAUGUGUCCAUCGGCGAGUCGGGCGAGGUGGGGUCGCUGCUGCGUCGCGGUCGUGGCAAGCCGUCGAGCGCAUGCGGAGCGUUGAUCGCCAUCAACAACGACAUCAAUGGCGGAGCGGCGCCCAGCAUGGACAGCGACGACCCCGAGUACACGCUGCUGCGCAAAAAGAUUAUGACCAAGGUGUCGAAGUCGCCUGGAGCUGAUCUGUCUCUCGUGCAGGUGACGAAAGCGGCGCUGGCGGCGAUCAACGAGGACUUGGAGAAGCUCAUCUCGCUGACGGUGGACCCGGCGACGGCGGACUACGCGGUGAUCACGGGCGUGCAGAUCCACUCGGGCGACCAGAUCCCCGGCCAGCCCUUCCGCAUCGAGCGCACGUGCGACUACAUCGCGCCCGACCAGAUGUACGCCGUGGUGCGCGGGCAGAAGUACGCGCUGCAGGUGCAGACGCCCAAGUCGCAGGGCGUCGCCGCGAUGGUCUAAGCCGCAAUAGUCUCUGUUGCCGUAAUUUAUACCGCUUUUUAUUUCUUGUAGAUUGUACAUGCUGAUAUUGUAAUCCAAAUAAGCCUUGCGCACUCAC